CCAGUACAGUGUCUGCUGCACGUGUAGAUAGCUGUAUCACAGCCUCAUGACACGUGCUCAUAUAACCAUAUAUGGGCAUAUAAACACGUGCUGGUGAUGGACCCCAGCUAUUUCGCCGCGGCGCUGGAGGAUCUCUCCGAGACUCUGAAACCUUUCGUGGGAGAAGAUGUAGCUGAGACGCUAGACAAACUAGUAUCCAAACUACAGAUAGAGUACCCCAACCUUGCUAUUCAGAGAUAUUCGAUACUCGAUGAAAAGAGCAAGCCGCACUGUGUAGCCUUCGAUUUCGAGCUAGAUCUUAUCCUAUACUUGCAUUCAAGUUGUAAUUUCGACUCACUAGAGUGUUUGCGAGAGAUAAAGGACAUUGUCCUCACUUGGAAUAUAUCUGAUCUGGAGGAUAUUCACGGCGGCUUCCAAUGCUUGUUUCAAGGUGUAACAGUGAACCUUCUACUGGCACGGGACAUGGUGUUAUUGGAACGGAGACAACCCCGGUCUCUUAGUCACACGGAGUGGUUUCAACUAGAACAAUCUGCCACCCCUGAGAUACCACAUGUACCAGACUACACCAUAGCUGAAGAAGAAGCAGAGUGGCGGGAAGCAGACGCGGAGUCCGGAGACCCGGCGGCGGUGAAUAAAGCUCAUGAGUUUGAGGAUGACGAGUUUGUUAAGGAUGUUCUAAAACUAGCGCAGCAAACCAAAGAAUACUUGUCAGUGCUCCAACUUAUAUACCCAGACUGCCAAAGACAUUACUAUGAUUUGUGUAGCAGCGGAGAUGACAUCAUGUCAGGGGGAAGUGAGGUGAUAUUUGGCGAUCAGACCCGAGACUCUGACUCUGACUCUGACUCUGACUCGGAUGUUCCUGAUAAUGUCCAGGAGAGUAAAGAUCAGAUCCACGAGUUGAGCUGUGAGCAGAAUAUACUGGAGGAGAUUGACAACUCCCUAGAGCAACUUAACAAGCGUCAGUGUGAAAAUGUUAUGAAGCACAUAGAGGAACAAACCUCUGCUAUGACAGACACGACGGACAGAUUCUUUGUCAUCCAGAACUUGGGUAAACGUUACAGUUCGUCCCUGGCCGAGUGUUAUCACGACUUCUUUGCCACACAAUCUACUUUCUGUGUGUCCUUCAUUAGAGUGUGUAAGUUCUGGUGUCUCAAGGUCUUCCUGAACAACGUACACUUUGGCCUGCUCCGUUACGUAGAAGCUCUCGGGGUGUAUGUCUGCUCCAGGAAACAACAUUCCAGUGAUUUCCACGUCAUAUUCCUCGACUUCCUCCUCGCACUAAAGAAGUUCAACUCAAUUAAGAUAGAUUUCGGGUACUACAUCCGAGGGAACUACGUUGGUAAGAAGUUCAAACCCCCCUAUAUUGCGGACGUUUCGUUCCCCUACUCUAAUAUCCUGGACGAUAUUGCUCCCAGUGACUUCGAGCGUCUGGCUGAUGCGUCGGAAGAGUUCCUGAAGUCAAUGAAAGCAGCGAGAUGUUUCCGAACAGAUCUGUUUUCUGUUUCCCCCUACCCAGCCUGGUUAACAGAAAGAUUCGAGUUGUUCUACUUUGUGUUCCAGCCCUCCGACAAUAUGAGUAUUCAAAUUAGUGUCCAGAGCAAUAAGAAGGAUCUUGUACCGGACGACUUUCUCCCCGGUCUCUCGUCUCGUCUCUAUCUGUGGAGACAGUGUGCUAUAGCAGAUACCCGCAAACACCAGGCUAGGGAGAGCGGAGGUUUUCACCGGGCCGUGUCAGGACUUGUCAUUAUUGAGUUUGUCCGCGCUAUGGACGCUAGGGAAGUGAUAGUUACUGAGAGUGUGGUGCAAGCUGCUCGACAUAAGAUUGUUAUUAGUUUCCCUGACUUCUCUCACGAGGCCCAGGUGUUCAGAAGUAGACCAAGAAACAAGUCCCUCUUCUCCUCCUUGCUGUGCGGAGGCUGCUCAACUUCUCGGGAAGAUGAGUUCAGUGAGUUUGAUGUGACGGAGUCAGACCAGUUCGCAGUUCCUUCCUCCUUCAGAACACUAGACAGUAGUGCUAGGAGUAGUCGCUACUCUGACUAUUACUAGACAGUAGUGCUGGGAGUAGUCGCUACUCUGACUAUUAUUAGACAGUAGUGCUAGGAGUAGUCGCUACUCUGACUAUUACUAGACAGUAGUGCUAGGAGUAGUCGCUACUCUGACUAUUAGGUUUAUGUUUUAAAUAAUAAUCACAAAAGGAGGCGGCUCAAUCACACAAAGGACCUUACUCCUUAGUUGACUGAUAAACGGUUCAGAUUGUUGGUACACUUCCCAAAUAUAAACUCCAGCGCUUUCUUGAAAGUAGAACUAAAACUUCAUGAAAGUGAAACUAAAACUUAGAAAUGCAAUCACUGAUAAAAAUGUGCAAAGUUAAAUUAGUAUUAGUAUUGGGGCUUAAUUGAUGGUAGAGGUCGGAGUUUAUCGUCAAGAAAUUCGUUUUAUAAAAUUACAUUUAAAGAUCUUGAAUAAUUAUUUUAGUUUCGUGGUUAAAUUAUUGAAAAGGAAAUUGUUUGAAAUUGAUGUAUUUGGUAUUAUUUCUUAACUUAAAUCAAAUUCUGUGUUGUGUGU